AUGAAGCUCCUUUCUGCAGUCCCGGCUCUGGCUUGUCUGUCGGUGCAAGUCCUAGGAAGGGCUUUGUCUCAUCCAAUUGGCUCUUACGGUAUUACAGAUCACUUGGGCGGCGAAAAGCGGGCUUCCUUGCAAAAUAUCGUGACAUGGGAUAAUCAAUCGCUCUAUAUCCAUGGAGAGAGAGCCAUGAUCUUUUCAGGUGAAAUACACCCAUUCCGGCUUCCUGUCCAGUCACUUUAUCUCGACGUGUUCCAAAAAGUUAAAGCCCUCGGCUUCAAUACUGUUUCAUUUUACGUUGACUGGGCUCUUUUGGAAGGCAGCCGGGGCACCUAUCGAGCAGAUGGUGUGUUCGAUCUGCAGCCUUUUUUUGAUGCAGCCUCUAAAGCGGGAGUUUAUCUUCUUGCCCGCCCCGGUCCUUAUAUCAACGCCGAAGUCUCCGGCGGCGGCUUCCCAGGCUGGCUUUCAAGAGUUCCUGGGACUUUACGAAGUGGAGACCCUGAGUACAUGAAGACAUACGAAUUAUAUUUGACGAAUGUCGCGCGUACAAUUGCCAAAAAUCAAAUCACUAACGGCGGCCCUAUCAUUCUCUAUCAACCCGAGAAUGAGUACACCCCGUGGGAAAACGCCACAUCCGUUGACCCUCAAUAUAUGCAGGACAUUAUGGACGCUGCCAGAGAAGCGGGCGUGGUAAUUCCGUUCAUCAGCAACGACCAAUGGCCCGCUGGAGAUUUCCUGCCCGGGUCCGGAGUAGGGGCUGUGGAUAUUUAUGGUCAUGACGCCUACCCUAUUGGAUCUUGCGAAACUCCAUCGUCAUGGCCUUCAGGAGCUCUGCCCACUUAUUUCCGGGAGCGUCACAUGCAGCAAAGCCCGUCUACUCCUUUUUCACUUGUUGAGUUUCAAGGCGGUUUCUUCGAUGGUUGGGGAGGCUCCGGCUACGACAAAUGUAGUGCUGCAUUCAAUGAUCAGUUUGAAAACGUCUUCUACAAGAACAACCUGGCCGCAGGGGUUGCAGUUUUGAAUUUGUACAUGAUAUACGGUGGCACAAACUGGGGCAACCUCGGUUAUCCGGGAGGGUACUCGAGCUACGACUAUGGUGCUGCGAUAUCUGAAACACGAGAGAUAAACCGUGAGAAGUACAGCGCACUUAAACUCAUUGGCAAUUUCCUCAAAGCCUCGCCAUCGUAUCUCGUUGCUGUACCUGGCAACGCAUCGACGACCCAGUACACACAAACAACUGACCUCACAGUGACUCCAUUGAUUGGGCACAACUCCUCAUUUUUCGUCGUCAGGCAUACUGACUACACCAGUACCAGUUUUACGAACUAUACUCUUAAGGUCCCAACGAGCGCUGGUACUCUGGCCGUGCCUCAAUUAGGAGGUUCGCUGACCCUGAACGGCCGCGACUCUAAGGUCCACGUCACUGAUUACGAUGUUGGGGGCACAAACAUUCUCUACUCAACAGCCGAGAUAUUCACUUGGAAGAAGUUCCACGACUACAGCGUGCUUAUAGUCUACGGCGGGUUGGGCGAGCAUCAUGAAAUUGCAGUUUCCUCGAAGUCAGCGGCUAGUAUAUUGAGUGGUCCACAGUAUUCUAUUCUGACAAAGUCCGUGAACGGCCAGUCUAUCGUAUCAUGGGAUGUGUCGUCUUCGCGGACCAUUGUCAAAGUUGGAGAUCUACUGAUUUUGCUCCUUGAUCGUAACUCUGCAUACAAUUAUUGGGUCCCUCAACUCGAUGCUUCAUCCUCCAAGACUGAUUUUACGACCAAGAGUGCCAUUGAAAACUCGAUCAUUGUUAAAGCUGGUUACCUUGUACGCACAGCCCACAUACAAGGUGACCAACUGCAUCUCACAGUCGACUUCAACGCCACUACUGAUAUCGAAGUCAUUGGAGCUCCAAACGCAGCCAAGUGCCUUUUCAUCAAUGGUAAGAAAUUUCACUACGAUACAGAUUCGAAUGGGUUCCGGAAGACGCAAUUCGAGUACACCAGCCCAGGCCUUACUCUUCCAGACUUCUCGAAGUUAGAAUGGAAGUAUAUCAAUAGCUUGCCAGAAGUCCAACCAUUCUAUGACGACAGCGCUUGGAUUAGUGCUAAUCACAAUACAACCAAUAACACCGUCGCCCCCUUAAAAACCCCUGUAUCUCUUUAUUCAUCUGACUACGGCUUUCAUACUGGCACCUUGCUGUACCGUGGCCACUUCGUCGCCAAUGGUCUGGAGCAGUCAUUCACCAUGCAGACUCAAGGUGGUACUGCUUAUGGAAGCUCCGUUUGGCUUAACCAGACAUUUAUAGGCUCUUGGGAUGGUAGUGCCUCAAUUAACUCCCAGUUAUCUACCUUCAACUUGCCCUCCCUCCACUCAGGUGCCAGCUAUGUCUUGACGAUUGUUGUCGAAGUAAUGGGUCUUGACGAAGAAUGGAGAGGUCCUUCGAGCCAGUUGAAGAACCCACGGGGUAUUCUUGACUACAGCCUCUCGGGCCAUAACCAACAUGACGUUUCCUGGAAACUGACCGGUAAUCUCGGCGGUGAGGACUACAUCGAUCUUGCGCGUGGGCCACUGAAUGAAGGAGGCCUCUACGCAGAGCGACAAGGCUGGCAUCAACCUAAACCACCGAGCGAACACUGGCAGAUCUCCAGUCCUUUUACUGGGCUCGAUGAAGCUGGUAUCGGCUUUUACUCCACCUCCUUCCAUCAUGAUAUCCCGCUGUCCUUCGUCUUUAGCGACAAUUCCGCCACCACGAAGCCGUAUAGAGUGCUGCUGUAUGUUAACGGAUAUCAGUUUGGCAAGUUCAUACCACAUAUCGGACCCCAAACGGAGUUCCACGUGCCACAGGGAAUAUUGAAUUAUCAAGAUGAGAACUGGGUUGCACUAACGCUCUGGGCUCAGGAGAGCGAUGGUGCGAGACUAGGCGGUUUCCAUUUGACGAAUUCCACACCAGUGCGUUCUGCACUAGGUGAGAUCGCGGCAUCAGAGCAGCCUGCAUAUAAGAAGAGAGCUGGAGCAUACUAA